UGAAGCGUUCGGUAGCGCCAACAUGAGGGAGGGUCCGGGGAGAAGCUGUUCGGAUCGCGGUGGUUUUGCUCUUAUGGCUGUUUAGAGCUGUGACGGAUCACUGGAUGUGUGGCAUCACAGGAAGAGAGGACCUCACUGUGGGUGCUACAACAACUGGAGGAGUGAGCUUCUACCCCUGGACGAUAGAUAAUAAGUAUUACUCGGCAGAUAUUCACCUCUGUGUGGUGCCCAACACAGCUCUGGUUACAGGAGCAAUUGCUGAAUCCGUGCAGGCGUUUGUGGUGUACUUCGACAGCUCAAUAAAAUCUGGACUCGAUGGUGUUUCUGAAUGGCUUCCCCUGACAGAAGAGUGGCUACCAGAAGUCAUGAUCCUGGUCUGUAACAGAGUAUCUGAACACGGUGUUAACAGACAGAAAGCUCAAGAAUGGUGCAUCAAACAUGGCUUUGAACUGGUGGAACUUAACCCUGAGGAGCUACCAGAUGAAGAUGAUGACUUCCCAGAAUCCACAGGAGUGAAACGAAUUGUCCAGGCCUUGAACGCCAACGUUUGGUCAAAUGUGGUCAUGAAGAACGACAGGACCCAGGGCUUUGGCCUUCUCAGUACGUUAGCAGGUGCGAACUGUAGCAUUGGGUCAGAAGAGAACCAAGAUAGAGAAGUAAACAGGUGCAUCACUGCAUACCGUCAAUAUCUUUUUGUUUCCUGGCAGUCCAAUCCAGCAGCAGCAGACAGAGAAGAACCCCAUUUAGAUGACAGAGGAGAUGCAGCCAGCACAAAUGACCCACAGAUCGAUGGUGUUGUAGAUCCCGUGUUAGACACAGAUAUCCAAGAGCUGGCCAGCCUGACCACGAGAGACGGCGACCUGGAGAACUUUGAAAGGCUGUUUUCAAAGUUGAAAGAAAUGAAAGAAAAAGCCGCAACGUUGCCCCAUGAACAAAGAAAACUCCAUGCAGAAAAGGUGGCCAAAGCGUUCUGGAUGGCGAUUGGAGGAGACAGAGAUGAAAUUGAAGGUCUCUCCUCGGAUGAAGAAAACUGAGGUCUUCUGUAGCUGUCUUACCAGGACAUGGCACAGUGUGAGUGUGUCCUGAUAGCGGAUACAUCGCCUCACCGAGGGAGGAAGCGUGGCUGAGGGACACUGGAAAGCAGUUUUAAUGAUCCUUUAAGAUUAUUCGUAUUGUGUUUUUCAAUCCGAGUUUACUUUGCUGGUGCUGAGGUGGUUUUUGUUUCCUGGAGAGCCUUCCUUCUCUUUGGCUGCAUCAUUUCUUCACGCAGCAGCAGUUAUGAAAAUGAAUAAAAGGGGCAUUAGUGGAAUUGCAAACCUGAAA